AUGCAGUUCCUUGGAUCCUUCCUCGACAAACAAUUGCCUCCAAGGAUUGGUGUUCCCGAAAUCGCCUUUUUGGGACGUUCCAACGUGGGGAAAUCCUCCCUCCUGAAUCGGUUGUCCUCGUCGGCCCGGCAACUACCCACCCACAACGACCAAGCCCGGGUCGGCAAAACACCAGGCGCUACCGCCAGUGUCAAUCUCUACGCUCUGUUGGACGCCAAGGAAUCCCAAAUACUGGGAUGGGUGGACUUGCCCGGCUUUGGCUACGCCAAAUUGAGUAAACAAGUAAAAGAAUCGGUCCAGGAGACGGCUGAAAAUUACCUCGCCCGACGACAAGAACUCGUCCUGGGUAUCCUGUUGGUGGACGCUCGUCGCAUCCCCAGUAACGACGAUCGCGCCGUCCUGGCCGCUCUCUUUGACAUGGGCAUCCCCGUCGUGGUGGUAGCCACCAAAGUGGACAAGUUGAACCCGAACGAGUUACGCUCCGGUUUGGCAGAAAUCCGGGACGGGCUCGGUCUACCCGACGGCCAGCCCUUGCCCGUCAGUAGCGUUACCGGAGAAGGGACCCGGGAUUUGUGGAGAAUCAUACUGGAAGCCUGC